AUGCUGCUGCUCCGCCUUUCCCGUUUUUUAACCGCCGCUUGGCUCACCUUGGGGACCUUGGGCGCCCCGUCACCGAGAGACCGGGUCAUCCCGCGGACCCACGAGUUGCACCAGCGCCAGGCACCUUCGGUCGGCCAAAAGUGGACGAAAACACAGAGGCUGAGCGACCAUGUCGUCUUGCCAGUGCGGAUAGGGCUGAAGCAGUCCAAUCUGGAAGCAGGACACGACAAGCUCAUGGAUAUCGCCAAUCCACAUUCCACCAACUAUGGGAAGCACAUGAGCCCCCAAGAAGUCAUCGACUUUUUUGCCCCUGCACAGACUAGCGUAGACAUCGUCGUCGACUGGUUGGUCGACUGCGGCAUCUCUCGCAGCCGGAUUGGGCAAUCAGCCAAUAGACAGGACGGCUCUCAAGACAUUGCCACCGAGGAAUACCACAUCCCAGUCCACGUACAUGAGCAUAUCGACUACGUGACCCCCGGCACAAGGCUGCGCUCGCGAUCCAUUACCCUCCCUAAGCCGGGGAAGGCUAAGCGAGGCCAUGUCAAGCCCGCCAUUACCCCAUUGCCAGGCUUUCCCAGUCUCAAUGCGACUAGCUGUGAUACGUACAUCACGGCCGAGUGCACCAGAGCACAAUACGGAAUUCCCAACGGAACGACUUCCGCGGCUGGAAACGAGCUGGGAAUAUUCGAGGCUCAGAACAGCCACUAUAGUCUAAAGGAUUUUGAUAUCUUAUGGAGCACCCUUUAUCCGUCGUGGGAUGUGACCCCAGGGACGUACCCGGAGGAGCGUCUCAUUGACGGCGCCAUCGGCGCCAUCGAGGAAGGCUCUCCGGUGUUCCCGACAAAGCUAGGGCUGGAGUCAGCUUUGGACUUUGACAUAGCUUGGCCCCUGAUACACCCGCAAAAGCCAGUACUCUACCAGGUCGACGACCAGUACUACGAGUACAAGGGAAGCUUUGAAGGGUUUUUCAACACUUUCUUGGAUGCCAUUGACGGCAGCUACUGCACAGCGGCGCCGAGUGACCUUGACCCGGUGUACCCCAACCCGCACUACGGCGGGUACAAGGGCGCGCUGCAGUGCGGCGUGUUCAAGCCCACCAACGUCAUCUCCAUAUCGUACGUCGGAAUCGAGGCGUACCUGCCCGACGCAUACCAGGAGCGGCAGUGCCACGAGUGGAUGAAGCUGGCGCUGCAGGGCACGACGGUCGUCAUGGCGGCGGGCGACAACGGCGUCGGUGGCGAGGGCUCGUGCGAGUGCGAGUGCCUCCGGGGCGGCGCCGGCGACACCGUCUUCAUGCCGACCUUCGCCGGCAACUGCCCCUACGUGCUGUCCGUCGGCGCCACUGAGCUGAACCGCGCCUCAAGCAACUCGACGCCCUCUGCUCACGAACUGCCGCUGCACGAGGUCGCGUCCGUCCGCAUCUCCAGCGGCGGCGGCUUCAGCAACGUGUUUCCUACUCCCGACUACCAGAAGAAGGCAGUGCGGCAGUACCUGGACACUGUGGCCCCCGACCUACCGUUUUCGGGGUACGAGCAGCCGGUAAAGGACGGCGACUUCACCGACGUCCGCAGUGGCGUGUACAACCGCGUCGGCCGCGGGUUCCCCGACGUCGCUGCUGUGGGGGAUAGGGCCAUCUUGGUAUCGGGCGGAAAGUGGUAUGUCGUGGGAGGCACUUCCAUGUCGGCUCCUAUCUGGGCCUCUGUCCUGACCCUCAUCAAUGAGGAGCGCAUCGCUGCCGGCCAGCCCACCCUUGGUUUUGUGCACCCCAUCCUGUACGCCCACCCUGAGGUUUUCAACGAUAUCAUCGAAGGGAGCAACCCUGGAUGCAACUCGACCGGCUUCACGGCGGCCAAGGGCUGGGAUCCCGUUACGGGACUUGGCUCUCCCAACUUUGAUAAGCUUCGGAAGCUUCUAACGGGCACUUGA